GCUCGUAACAGCGACCUCUUAAGGAGGGUCCGAAGAUAUACCAGUGAUGAGAAUCUCUCCAAAUGAGUAUAUAUCUUUUCCUUUAUGCAUCCCACACGACCUGCGAAAAUUUCAGAUCGAUUUAUCGAUCCGUUACCGAGAUAUUAAGAAAAACAUUAACAUUGGAAACGCUCUCCUCUUAUGGGAUGACAGCAAAAUUUGAGAUUCAGAUCGUUUUUUUAUAUGCUCAAAAUAAUGGGUCAGUGAAAAAAACACACUUUUAGCAAGAGAAUGGCAUGCUGAAUCGAUUAGUACCCUUAAAAAUUCAGUUUACCGGCUAUUUCAAUGAGAAAAAGACCAAAACGUAAAUGGAGCCGAAAAAAUAGAGUACUACAAUGGCUAUACUAAGCGCCUACUGACUUCAACGGUCAACCACGGCCAGCGACGAACGCAUAACUCAUAAGCUGCCAAAACCUCAUCGAUAUAAGAACGAGCACGAACCCCUGCAGCAGCAGCUCCAUUUCUCCGCGAGCGUGCGUACUGGGCCCUGCUCUAAGCCCACUAUCGAGAGAGUCGAGACGCUCCAUUCUGAGUGUCGUGUCGUCCUUCGAUCUGCGUCAUUUUGCCGUCAAGCCCAAGGUCUGCCACAAGCCAGUUUAUCCUCCUACGUUUGAUCGUGCCCAAGAACAUUAUUAUCGCGUAGAGCUUACGAGUUACGAGUAAAGCAGCAGCGGCGAUGUUCACCAGAAGUAGACAGAGUCAGAAUUUCAACGCCGGAACUCCCCAACGUAAUCAAGGUGGUGGAAGUAGUCAACAGCAGCAUUACCAACAGCAACAGGGAGGACAAGGCGUCCUAGUAGCUAUACAACCAUACCGAGGAUGUGCGUUCCGCCAAGGGCAAGUCCGCCAGUUGCCCACAUAGCAAAAAAACCAAAUGCCAUUCCCUGGGUAAUUCGUGCUAAACUCGUGCCUAACCAAGUUAAUUAAAUGCAUGCUCUCUGUUGACUAGAAUGCACUGUCAUUUGCUUUUCGUUCGGUACAACUAGCUUACCGAGACUGCAUCAGUCAUGAAUAUGAAAAUUCUUUUGCGUAAUCAAAUGGACUCGGCUUGGUCAUGAGUUAAAUUAAUAAAAGCCGUAGUUAGAGGGAAAUCGGCUGGUAAAAACUAUGGGGGCAGCGAUAGAGUUGCUGCAUUAAUGCAGAUGUGAUGCUGGGCCUUGGUGGGAUAGCACAACCGUCGAGGUUCCUUGUGUAGCGCCAUCCCUUCCCUGUGUUUUAUAGUACAACCAGCAAGGAAAUUAUCAAAGUGGAAACCAGAACCAACAAACUCCAUACAAGCAGGGCAACAACACACCGCUCAAAUUGCAGCAGCAGCAACAACAACAAACACCUCAACCACAGCGAAACAUGCAGCAAGUUAAGCAACAAUCACAGACUCCCCAGCAACCACAAGUAAAGCAGCAGCCUCAAACACCACAAGCAACACCUCAACCCCAGCGCUUAAAGCCUAUUUUAAAGAGUAGCGCCGUCAACAAUCAGGCUAAUCAAGGACAAGCACAAAGUCAGAAUCAGGUAUUUAAUCAGAAUUCACAAAAUCAGCAAAGUCAACAAAGCCAGCUGAACCAGCAGAACCAACAACACCAACAGAAUCUUGGGCAAAUGCAACAAUCAAAUAAUGGAAUGGAUAGCAGUGAUGCAACAGAAACAAUUGACAGUGAAGUGCCAGAAGUACCAAAAUGGAGGCGCAAGACUCCAGGAUUAAAAGUCAAUCGCAAGUUAAAACGAUUACGCAUGAACCAGAGAUUGAGAAAAACUUUGCAACCAAAGAAUGCAAUCAUGGUGCUCAACGAAAUGAAAACUGGAGUCCAGUUCACAUUCCCUGAAACGCAAUCUGCAAUGCCUAAUUCUCUAUUCCUUGUACAUGCUGAGAUUGAAGGUAAAACUUAUGUUGGACAAGGAGUCUCUAAGCCACUAGCUCGUCAAAAUGCUGCUGAAAAUGCGUUAAAGAGUCUACUUUUAGAAAAAAUGACUGCUGCAGCCAUGAAGGCUCGUAUGGAUGCUGAGAAUGAAGGAGCAUCCAAUAGUGUAGUUGAUACUUCGGAAAAUAAAGAAGGUGACGGGACUGUUAUGGAAACGACUUCAGAAGAAACCGACGAAAUUCCGUGGAGCUCAUUGGCUAGCUUUGCUCUAUAUAAAUUGUUCCUUGAAUGGCAAAACCAGGGUACUGUAGUUCCGGUUCCGCGGCCAGGAGUUUCUCCAGGAAAGGUCAAAAAGGAUAGCAACAAAAUAGUAAUACAAAAAGAAUUACCUCCAAAUGCUACUACCAUUCAUCCGGUUAUGUUAUUAAAUCAAAUGAGACCCGGUUUGACAUAUACCGAAGUCAGUCGUGUUGGUAAUCCUCCAAACACAAUGUUUACACUUGCAGUAGACGUUGAUGGGCAACAGUAUACAGGAACAGCUAAAAAUAAGAAGGAUGCCAAGAAGGUAGCAGCCAAAGCAGCAUUACAUGCUUUAUUCAAUCUUGUAUAUCCAGAAGAGAAAGAAGGUGAAGAUCUAAAUAUGGGUUGAAGAAAACAACGGAUUCAUUGAAUUUUAAUCAACCUAUAGACAUAUGCAAUCUGCAUAGAUAGUAGAAAUGACGAAUAAAAUAAAUAACAAGUUAUUACAGUAUUUAUAUGACAUAAAUGAACAUUGAGAACAAAACCA